AUGGUCUUUAAAAAUAUUACCAAAAUAUUUUUUAUUUUAAUUUCUCUUAAUUUGGUAUUUUCCAUAGUUCCACCUUUCAAUGAAUAUAACUGGGUUUCAUUAAUAAAAAAUAAAUUUUCCACAACUUAUAAUGGUGAUUUGUGUGGGGAUUAUAUUGAUUGUGAUCCCCAAACAGGUUCAGUUAUUGGAAUUACAAUAUUGAGCACAAAUAUAAACAACGAAAAACUUAAUAUCAGUGAUAUUGAUUGUUUACCAAAUUUAGAAAAACUUCAUACUGAAAAUGUUGCUAUUGAGGAAGGAUUCAUUUAUCACACAUUUUCUUCACUAAAGUCAUUAACCAUUUUAAAUUCAGGAAAUAGUUUGAUUGAUGGAAUAACUCAAAUGUUACCAAAUUAUGACUACUUUGAAUUAUCAAGUUCAGAAUUUGGUGGUAAAGAUUUAAAUUUAAUUAAUAUUGCAAAUGUUAAAAAGUUUAAAAGUGGUGUUGGUUUUGUUAAUUUAGUAUAUAGUUCAUUUCCAAGUAAUUUCAAGACAAUUGAAAUUAGUAUAUAUGCGUUAAAUUAUAUUGACUUUUCCAGUUUUCCAAGAUUUAAAAGUGUUGCUUUUUUUUUUAAUAAAAAUUUUGAUUUAGAAACAAAGCAGUACUUUCCAACCAUUUCAACUGAUUUAAUGAAUAUCACACACAAUAUUGGUGAUUUAUUAGGUGAAUCAACAGAAUUUUAUGGUCAUACAAAUUUUAAAAUCAAUACUUUAAAUAUUUUAUCAAGAGUUACACCACCUUCACAGUAUAUUGAUUUUUCAAAAAAUUUAAACUAUAAAACCAUUAGAUUAAUCAAUUUUGGUAAUUUCAAUUUCAAUUUUCCAAUUAUAAACAUUCAAAAAAAUACUACAGUUGAGGUAAUGAACGGAUUUCUAAAUAAAAUGCCUCCAAUUUCAGAAUGGGGAGAUUCAAACAACCAUGUUUCAUUACAAUCUGUAAAUAUUGUUGCCCAACUUCCUAAUUAUACUGGCUCUGCAGAAUUUGUCAAGUUAUCAAAAAAUCAAAUUGGAGGAACAAUCGAUAAAUCAUGGUGUAAUACUGAAUUGAUUGUUCCCAAUAACUUAUUAGGAGGUUGUUUCACAUGUUACUUUGAUAAUCCAGAAGUACCAGGAAUUGAUGACCCAGGUUAUGCAAUGUUUGAUAGAUUUACUGAUAAUUCAUUUACAAAUCAUAAUAAAUCAAUAAAUUGUCCAACAUUUUUACCAAGAGUAACAGUUUUACAAAGAAAUCCACCUCAAAUUAAAGUAUUUGGACAAGACAUUGGAUAUGAUCCUCGUAAUUGGUUAGUUAAUGGUACAAUUGGGUUUUCAGAUGUUAAAAAGGUUUUAAUUGGCAGAGAGUAUCAUUUAACAUUAACAAGUGGAAGUUUUAUUGAUGUGGACUACUUUUCAGUUUUAUUCAAGUUACCAUUUAAUGCAAGUUAUACAUUCGCACUUGUAGAUAAACCACCACAACUUGAUACUAUUACUGUCUAUUCCGAUUCUGUAAUUACAAUUGAGGGAAGUUACUUUUCAAGUUACAUGGGUCACUUAUCUCAAUCAAUUACAGUUGGCGGAGUUGAAUGUAUUCCUGAAUCAACAUCAUUCUUUAAUAUAGUAUGUAAUACAUACCCAGAGACUUUAUUUUCAUCAUUUUCUCAAGAUUUUGUAAUCAAUGUUGAAGGAAGAGAAACUAUGGUAACAAUUAGUACACAUAUAGUAUCAACAAAUUAUAUGCAAUGUCCAAAUAGAUGUACCAAUACAACUACUGGUAUAUGUGAUAUGUAUAGUGGAGCAUGUACAUGUCAUAGAGGAUACCGUGGUAAAGACUGUUCUUUGGCAAGUUUAACAUGCCCAUCAAAUGAUUUGACUUCAGUUUGUAGUGGAAAUGGUCUUUGUAAUUCGACAAAUGGUGAAUGUGUAUGCAAUUCUGGUUUCCAAUCUGAUGAUUGUUCAAUUCCUGUUUUAAACUGUCCAACUGAAAAUACAUCUAAAUGUAGUGGAUUCGGUACAUGUAAUAAUAUAACAGGUAUUUGUACAUGUGAUGAUAAUCAUCAAUCUACAGACUGUUCAAUUCCAUUUGUUAAAUGCCCUUCAAUCAAUAUAUUUGAAUGUAGUGGAUUUGGGAAAUGUGAAAAUACAACAGGUGUAUGUACUUGUGAUGAACUUAGUUUUAGUGAUGAUUGCUCAUUACAUAAUUGUUUAGAACCAAGUUGUAAUUCAAAUGGUAAAUGUGAUUUGUCAAUUGGCCAAUGUAAAUGCAACUCUUUAUUUACAGGUGAUGAUUGUUUAAUACCACUCCAUUUCGUUAGUUCAAUUAUUCCAUCAUUAGAAACUGGUGGUCCUGCAAUUUUUUAUGGUUAUUUUGGUGAUUUACGUUCAAAUUUAAAAUUAUCAAUUGGUGGUUUACCAUGUCAAAUUACAUUCAACUCUUCAAAUUUAAUAAAUUGUACAGCACCACCUGGUUCUGGUAUUAAAUCAAUAACAGUCACUCAAAAUGAUAUUGUUUGGCGUGGUAAAGAUAUUUAUAAAUAUAUAAGUAAUUUUUUGAAAUGUCCAAAUGAUUGUUCAAAUAAUGGUAGAUGUAAUCAAACUACACUCGAAUGUGAUUGCUUCCCAAAUUUUGGUUCAUUCGAUUGCAGUGGUUCAAUUGAUAAUAUUCCAAAAUCAAAUGUUACAAUUGAUACAAAUUCAAGUACAACUGUAAUUAAAAAUCAAGAAAUUAAUUUCCAAAUUUAUUAUAAACAAUUAUUAGAAGUCGAUUAUAAUGGUAAAAUAAUUAAACAAUAUAAUUUAAAUAAUAAUUGGAAUUCAAAUAAAUCUUCAUCAUCAUCAUCAUCAUUAGAUCAAAUUGAACAUAUAUUCACUCAAUCAAUUAAUGAUGGUAAUAAUCAAUGUAAAAUUAUAUCAAAUAUAAAAGAAAUUUUAAAAAAACAAGAAAUUUCAUUCGCAGAUACUAUAUUCAAAUUAGAACCAAAUUCAAUCAAAUUAACAAUCUCAAUUCAAAAUUAUACAUAUCAAAAUAAUUUAAAUACAUUAAAACUUGAAAUGGUUGCAUCAGUUAAUCAAGAUGAUAAUGAUAAUGAAAAUGAUUGUAAUGAAAAUGAAUCAAACAUUGAUACAAGUAAUUCAAAUGAUUUAUCACUAUUUAAUUAUAUUAAAAUUUCAAAAAAUAAUAAAUUAUUUAGUGGUCGUUUUAUUAAUAGAGUACUUUCUGAUGGUGUUUCGACAUUUUUAAGCUCAACAACUACAACAUCAUCUUUAGAUUCAGUUAUCGUUUCAUUAAAUCUUCCACAUUGUAAAAAAGAAUGUUUGAUUGAUCCUGAUUUUUCAGUUUUAGUAACAUCCAAAUUUCAACAAAAUUGCGAAAAAGAUGAUAAUAAUAAUAAAAAAUAUGUUAUACCUGUAGCUGUUGUAGUUUCAGUUGUUGGUGCUACAGCAAUAGCUGGUGCUGCAUACCUUUUUUAUCGUAAAAAAUUUGUUGAAAAUCAAUUAAAAAUUAAGUUAAAGAUUUUUAAUAAACAAAACUAA